AUGGAAGAGAACAAAAGCAAGCGGAGUCAAAAGGUUGGAGGCAAAAAUGACAAAAAUUCCUCUGACCCGGGAUCGAACCAGGGACCUCAAGAUAACAAGUUCCUUGCAGAACAGGGCAAUUACAGUCUUGCGCUCUUCCAGCUGAGCUAUCAGAGGAGAUUAUUGGAAGCUUUCAGAUUUUAG